AUGAUUGAGUCUGGGAAGAAACUGACCCUGGAAAUCGAACCAGUUGUUGGGCCAGUGCCUUUUCCAACCGCAGAAGGGCACAUUAGCUAUGGUGGUGCACUUAGGCCCGGUGAAGGUGAUGCCAUUGCACGGUAUGUUCAGCGAGGUAAGCAUAUUCCUUGCAGUUGCAGAGUUGAAGUGGGCCUUUCAGCUGAGGAGAUUCAGAAGUUUGAGACUCUUGGGUAUGUGAUGAGUGGCAGUGGGCAUCAGAGAAUGAAUGCCAUCCGUAUCAGAAAAGAAAAUCAAGUUUACAGCGCUGAGGACAAACGAGCGCUGGCAAUGUUUAACCAUGAGGAGAAGUCCAAGCGUGAGCAGAAGGUUAUGGCUGAUUUGUAG